AUGUCCAUCCGCCGGCGCAGCCGCGCCUCCUCGCGCCCCUCCCCCAUGGAGCUCGAGGUCCCCGCGGACCCCAACACCUUCACCUGGCCCGAGCGCUCCCGCAAGAAGUUUGUGCAGCUGGUGGCCCUCCAGUGCCUCGUCACCCCCGCGCCCAUCACCACCGAGCACCCGAUCACGCUCGAGGCCCCCGAAUACGAUACGACGAGGCGGAACAAGCUGCCGCACAAGACGGAGCGCGAGAUUGCGGACCACUUUGCGUUUCUAGCGGCGGGCGAUGGAAGCGGCGCGGCGUGCUGCAUUGAGGAGGAGGGCGAGCAGGGGAGCGUCAGGUUUCGGCUGGCCAUGAAUGAGGGCGUGCCUGUGGGCGUGUUGGAGGGGUUGAGGGCCGUGUUGAGGGAGGUGAGGAAGGUGGCGAGUGGGGAACAAGCCGAAUCCGACAUCAAGGCCGCCGUCUGGGCCAACGUCCUCGCGCUCGAGCAGGCCAAAGUCCACGCCGACCUCCUCGACCGCUUCACCCGCGGUUCCCGCCCGCUCAUCGACCAAUUCACCGACGCCCUCACCACGCCCACCACCCCCGACGACGCGCACGCAGCCCUGCAGAAGAUCCACGACCUCUGCACCCGCGUCACCAGCACCCCGGACCCAGCCCGCUGCACCCGCGACCUCGACCGCCUCCUCGACACCUGCUACCGCUUCCGCGGCUCACGCAGCUUCAAGACAAACCUCAAGGCCACACCCGCCCGCCGCGGCCUCGUGCAGAUGAUCGAGAAGCUCGGCCGCUACAAGACCGCCAGCAACGCGCUCGUGCUCGCUGCACGGAAGUUCCCGGCUCUGUUUGCGGCCGUGAGUGUGGAGAGCGUUCCCACGCUCCCCGCGCUCGACGAGCGCGCUGCAGCCGGGUUCAAGGGCGUCUAUGUGGGCGAGGUCGUCCAAGACCUGACAAGCUCCCCCGAGGCGCUGUGCAUGAGCCGCCUGCGCGCCGCCACGCAGCUGGGCAGCGAGAAGCUGGCGGGGCGCUACCAGGAGCUGUGUCAGGCGGCGCCGACGGCGCACGCCGAGAUGCAGCUGGUCAAGUUCUACGAGGAGAAUGCGGGCAGCAUUGCGGCGCGGCCCGCGUUCAUCGGGUGCAGCAAGAAGGCGUGUUUUCUGUGCGGGCUGUUUCUGCAGCUGCAGCGCCGCUUCACGGUCAGUAAGGCGCACCAGAACAUUUAUCACGCGUGGACCGUGCCGACGAUCCGGUGUGCGAGCCCGGAGAAUGCGGUGAUGCUGGACUUUGUGGUGGAGAAGAUGGCGAGGAUUAUCGAGGACUCGUGUAGGAAGAUGUUGUGGGAGAAGCCGGACGAGAGUAGCAGUGGCGGUGGCAGCACCGGUACGAGUAUCAUUACCAGUACAAGUAUCAUUACCAGCAGCCCGCACAAGAACAUCCUUUCCACGGCCUUUGCUUCUGCCCCUCCGCCCUCGUUGUCCGGGUUUGUGACCCCGCGCUCACCGCUCUCGCCCAUCUCGCCGGGCUUCUCGCGCCCCAGCACCGCGGCAUCAAACCUUCACAAUAUCAGGCCCUCCUCCUCCGCAAGGCAGACGCCAAAGCCCGCACCACCACCGUCCACACAUGCGCCACCAUCGAAGCUCACAGACUCCUCGGGCGACAGCUCCAGCCCAGAGCCAGGCUCGCCCAACCUCUCGUCCGAGUCCAGCUGCACGUCCGUCAGCGAGGACUCGUCGAAGGAGUCGUCGUCGUCGACAAAAGCACCCAAGCGCCAGCCACGCACCAAGCAGCAGCAGCAGCAGCAGCAGCAGCAGCAGCACACCGAGGCCGCACCACCAGCAGUAGCAGCAGCACCUGUCGCCGCCGCAGAGCGCAUGCCAGCCAUCAUGGCAGCCGACGCACCACCGGCGGUGCCCAUGCGGUCUGCGUCCAGAGCGAGAGAGUCCCCCGCCCGCCCGGGCUCAUCCAGGUCCACCCGCAAGAGGGGGAGUCCUGUCGAGGUGCCCAAGGCGGCCGCAGAACCACAGCAGCAGCACCCGGUCAUGAGCACCAUCACCCGCUCACAGUCUGUCCGCGUGUCACGCAGGGCCACAGCAGCCCCACCGCCGCCGCCAAAGGCGCCCACAAGGUCUGCCUCCGUGGCCCGCAGACCCACCACAGCCACGCCCGAGAUCCCAGCCCGCCGCGGGCAUGUCCGCUCUGCCUCGGCCAUGGAGGUCAGGAAGGCGCCCGCUGUGUCUGAUGCAGAGUCUGUCAGCCCUGGUGCUGUAUCUCGUCCCUUUGGCCCUCUCCGCCGAGCACACACCGCUCCGGCCGAGUCCACAGCCACAGCCACAGCCAUCCCUACUCCCACCAGGAGCGCCAUCCCCGUCCCCCGCUCCGUCUCCCGCUCAAACCGCAAAGCCACCGCAACAACACACACGACACCGCCACGCUCGCCCUCGCAGGUGCGUUACACCCGCGUCGACAACCCCGCCACAGCCGCCCGCAACCGCAGCUCUCCCUCCCGCGAGCGUGACCACUCCCCGGGCCACAUCACAAGCUCGCUGCGCCACGACUCGCCCAUCAGCAUCGCGCGCUUCGAGACGGCGAUGGCCAUGGCCGUGACCUCCGUCACGGGCUCGCCAACAAUGGUCGAGCUCAAGGGGUCGUCGGAGUCCUCGUCCAGCGCCCGCACUACUCCUCGGGGCUCACCGUCGUCGUCGAGGUCGAGAGCGCAGAAGAGAAUGUCGCCGCUGUCGGCGGACCCGGAGUGUGCUGUUGUCGAUGUCGCUGCCGCUGCCGCCGUGCCUGUGCCUGUGCCUGUGCCUGUGCCUGUGCCUGUGCCCGCGGCCGGUCUGGGGCUGAAGAAGAGCAGCGGGACGUCCAUCCGCGACUCGUUCGCCUCUGCGGCCACCAGCCAGACCACGACCGCCGAGACAGCCGCAGAGACAUCCAGCACCGCCGCCGUCAUCGAGCACGCAUACGCCCCUCUUCACCACCCCCUCCUCCACAUCGACACCGAGGACGACCCCCCGCUCACACCAAUCACAGUCGCAACCCCGCACGGCAUCUCCAUCAUCGACUCCUCGGAGGAAUCCUCCCCUACCACUACUACUACUACCACUACUACUAAGCGCAGCCUCACCGAGCGCCGCGGCCGCGCACUGAAGCGCGUCGAGCCCACCACCCCCGGAAAGCGCCCGCGCUCCAUCCUGGCCGUUGAGCGCAAGCGCGCCGCGAUCGAUAGGGCUACCGCCGACGCGGCCGCCUUUGUGCAGGAGAACGGCUUCGAGGCGCAGCGCAAGCGCGGCAUGACGAUCGCAGAUGUAGUGCAGGCGAGCGGGUUCCAGGCGCAGAUCAACCGCGGGAUGGGAAACGGAAUGGGCGGGGUGGGCGUGCGUGCGAAUAGCAGGUUCCAGAUGGGGCCGAAGGGGUAUUACAGCGACACCGAGACGAUGCGGGCGCGGCUGCGCGGCGGGGCGCUGAGUACUAUUUCGUCGGAAGAGGCGGCGGCGGGGACGGCGGCGACGUCGUCGGGGAGGAGUAGGCUUGGGAGGAGGCCGCAGGAGACGGAGUAUACGCUGUACCUGGCGGGGCCGGAUCAUGACGAUAGGACGCUGGGGGAGAAGAUCUUUAAUGGGCGCUUGAGCGAUGCCAACAACAAUAAUGGUGGCGGCGGCGGCGGUGGGGAGAUGAAGCAGCGCGCGGGGUGUAAGCUGCGGACGGCGCUGCGGCCGGCGGAGAAGGAGAUUAGUGGCAUGAGGGUUAAGGAGGUGUCCAAGAGUUUGGAGGAGAUGGUGUUGGAUAUCUUUUUUCCGGAUGCGGUGUUGAGGUUGGAGGUGGUGUGGGAUGGGCAGAUGGCGUGA